AUGGCUAUGUUAGGAAAAUUGAAGACUAAGGAUAGGAUGUAUAAGAUUGGAGUAUGUGCUGAUGAUCUAUGCCUCUUAUGUGGACAAGACACUGAAACAUGCUCUCAUUUGUUUUUUCAAUGUCCUGUAAGUAGCAUCAUAUGUCAAGGGGUUAUGAGAUGGAUAGGAGUGAAGAAAUACCCCCAGGAGAACAUAUACACAAGCUGGAAGAGAUGGGGAAGGAAAUUCAGAAGGAAGAAACAACAGCAGGUGAGCUAUGCUGUAUUGGCUGCCCUGGUUUACUACAUAUGGCGAUGUAGGAAUCAUGCACUAUGGAAGGAGUCUAUUAGAAGACCUGAAUUGGUGAUCAGAGAGAUUCAAAAUGAAGUACUAAGAAAAGUGCAAACAUGUAUAGACAUGAAAUGGUCGAGUGAAGAUAGGACCUGGAUACAAAAAUUACAGUUGUGA